AUGGGCAAAAUCAUCAAGACGAUGCAGUCCAAGCACAAAGAGACUUUGGUAAGCUUCUUUCCUUCAAUCAACCCAGUGUCUGGACUCGCUCUUGACGCGGCUUCUCUAACCCCAUGUCUCUGCCAGUCUCCUUGGCUGAAAAACUACGUCGAAACAGCCUCCACCAUAGAUUUGCCAUCCUUGCCGAGACACCUGUCGAAAUUCCCAUCGAGAUGGCCAUUCGGACGUGGAGAUUUGUAUCACUGGAUACCGCUUCUCAACCGAUUUGAUAGUAUCUUGGAGCAUUUCAACAAAACUUAUGCCCUGAACGAGGGUCCACAGUCUCGAGAUUUCGCCACCGACGUGCUCCUCAACCGUGCAAAAGAUUCGACAUUCAGCAGCGAGAAACAGUGGACAUAUGAGGAGCUUCAAGAACUUGGUUUCUCGGCCGAUGGUGACAGGGUGCUGAUAGAGGCUGUUCUGCUAUUCACUCGCAUGCUCUUGGAGCACUGCGGCAAUCGCAGCAUCUAUGCCAGCAGCCCGCACCUCAACGACCUUCUAAACAGCACCGCUUUGUCUGUUCUCAUUUCAACAUUGGAGGUGGGCUCAGAGUUAGCUCAGCGGUAUCAAGCUUCCGUCAAAAGGAUCGGCAAUGCUUCCAGGCAGAUAAGCGCAGCACUGUUAGCAAACCAUUACAACAUCGACAUCGAGCGAGUCCAACAAAUUGCGCUACCGUUUGUCAAAACUCCAAUAGUAAAUCUAACUGACCCUGCGUCAUCCAUGACCCCGGUCUCGACCAAGGGAAAGGAAAAGGCACAUGGGAGUAGUAGCAGAAACUCGAUUCCGACCCAUGCCAACGACCUGGUUGCAAUUGCUACAUGUGACGAUGCAAUGUGGCAGGGAUGGGGCGACGUGAAAGUGCUGUACUAUCCACAAGACAGCCAUGUCGGCGUUGACGUGUCAAAUGACACUGGCCGAACAUCACUCCCCUCAACACCGACUCCCCUACGCCGCAGCCAUACCGUUGGUAGCCAGCAGAACACUCCCCGAGCCCGAAAUAUCGGUGCCGAUGACUCAUCUCCUAUUUUACCGCGAACUCCAGCUGUUUCGGAGGAACAUGCCAUCCCAGGUCAAAAGUCAUUUGAACUGCCCAAGUCUGUGGUCUCCACUUCAUCUAUUUACGACCUUGUUAAGCGAUGCCCCGAUGACAUGCCGUCAUCUGCAAAAUAUGAACUUUUUCACCGAGUCCGAGUUGCAAAGGCACUCACUGAGUCGCUCGAGUCGCGUCAGAAAAUACUCGCGAUCCGGUUACUUGCGAUUACUAAUCUGGCCUACAUCCAUACUGAGUCAAACUUUGUUGACAAGGUUCUUCGCCACGAUAUUGACGAGACCAGAAGAUACCAGCUUGUCUACCAACUUGCGGAGUUGAUACGCCCCUCGGCUGACGGACAUUCAAAAAUACCGCUAUGGCUUCAGACGUUUGCCCUGGCUCUCCUGGAGGCUGUCUCGGGAUUCCAUGCGAGAUGCCAAGAUGUUCUGUCUGCCUUGAACGCCAAUGUCAACCACGGAAUUUUGCUCUACGUCAUUAGAAAGGCUGUAGCGGGCAUGCAGGUUGAUGAUGCGACCGACAUUGGUGACCAGGCGAGCGAAGCAGACGACUGGCGUAACAAUCUCUUUUCUUUGACCUUGCAUCUGUCCAUGGCCACCCGCGUUGGAAGUGAAAUGGUUUCGGCCGGUCUUAUGGAUAUCCUGGUUGAGAUCCUCCACAUUCGGUCUCAAGUGGCUCAACGGCACCAUUCGAUGGUGUUGGCGUUUCUAGAUGGCCUUAUUUGGACGUAUCAAAACGCAUUCACCGCCUUUUUCAACGCGAGCGGCCUAGACGCCGUUGCACAACUGCUAGUAGACACCGUUACAGAGGCUCAAUCCUCGCUACAAUCAUCUAAAGGUGUCAAGCCCGACCAACAGUCUGUGGUGGUCGACUACGAGAUCCCUUACUACCAGCAGCAGACGCUUAAAUGGCUUCUCAAAUUUGUCCAUCACAUCAUGUCAAAUUCUUAUAGCUAUGGUGGCAAUACAGACCGCCUGUUGAGAAAUCUAGCAGAAAAGUCGGACCUGCUUCACAGUCUGCGAGAAAUCAUGGCUAAUAAGCAGAGUUUUGGGUCAGUGGUGUGGACUAAUUCAGUCACAAUUCUGAGUGAUUUCAUCAAUAAUGACCCAACGAGCUUUGCCGCCAUAUCUGAGUCGGGCAUGAUCAAAACAUACCUCGAGGCGAUUACCGGUCAGCCAGUGCCGGAGCAGCAACAAGGCGGGGAGUCGAAGCAAACUGAACAACAACACCAACAAGACCAAGAUGAUGCUGAGUCUCCAGAUUCGUCUGCUGCCGCCGCCUCAAUUGCAGACGAAGAUGACAGGCCGCAUCCUCCCUCAGACGAUGAUAUUCGCCGCACAAGGCGCAACAAACCUGCCGAGGGUAUUCUGGCCUCUUCAGAGGCGAUCAAUAUUGUUCCUCAGGUCCUGAAUUCUAUCUGCCUGAACAAUGUGGGCAUGAAGCUGGUUGUCGCCUCUCGAGCCUUUGAUAGCUACCUUGAAAUCUUUGAGAGCUCUCAGCAUGUAUCGUGCAUGGAGGCAGACAGCGACUUGGCGGGCAAUGUCGGCGCCAACUUUGAUGAGCUUGCCCGUCACCAUCCACCGCUACGGACGUCCAUCUCCAAUGCAGUCAUCGACAUGGUUGCCAGAGUACGGUGGCUGGGAAUUGAGAGAGGAAUGGAGUCUGACUGGGGUGCUAGGUUGUACGUCACCACUGCAGAGGGGACUGUCGUCACUGUUCAUCCGAACGAACACUUCAUGAAAGCACCAACGGUAGAGUCUGCCCCUGAUCGACAAGGUACUGCCACCGAAGAAGCAGACGAGGACAUGUCUGACGCAGCUCCCACCAACGAGACUAUCACCGAGAAGAACAAGAAACCUCAAAAACUCGCUCCCGCGCAAUCACUUACACCAUAUAUUCAUGGUCUGGCUAAUUUUUUGACCGGCUAUUUGUCCAAUACACUGCUCAAGGUGAACUUUGUGAGAAAAGGUGGCAUUGAGCUCCUUCUCGACUUGUGCGAGUCACCAAGUCUUGACGCAACAUUUGGUGAUUCAUCUGCCGCCAGAGUUCUUAAUCAGGUCAUCGCCCAGUUAGUUGAGCACUCCCCUGUUCGGGGUCUGCCUUCAUUAUUGCGCCGCGCGCAGUCAAACAUCGAUGUGUUGAAACCUCUUGCAGCCAAGACCGAGGCUCUCCCUCCAUACUUUGGCCCUUUCCUUGCUACGGAUUUGCAUGUCUGGAGCGAUGAUCCCGAGCAAUCGAAGGUUGUUCUACAAGCAACGCAAAAGAUUAAGGCACUGUUGAACGCCCAAAAUUUGAUUAAGAUCAUUUCCGACUGUUUCACCACGUCGAGGUCUAAUGCCCUGCAGUUCUACCCCGUGAACGUUUAUGAUUACUAUUUGAAGCUCGUAAAGUCUAUCGGACCCUUGUUGCGAGGUAUUUUGGCCGAGGAAGCAGGCGAGCUCUCCGUUGUACCACAGCAUUGGUCGUUGCGUCGUCAGGGCUUUCUCGGCGUGACCAACACAAGUGAGGGACGUGAUGCUGUGGGCAGCGACGAAACCUCAAUUCCAGAUGUGCUCAGCGAUGCUGCCAGAAGCUGGCCCUCUGCUGAUGGCACUGACACUUCUGCACCCGUUGAACCUACAGAACAAGAACGCUCGAGCGCCCGGUUCAUGAAUUACGAGAUCUUGCACACACUUUUGCAUCCCAUGAUCCCCACCUCCUUCCCCUUGUUCCAAUCUCUAGGCAAAGCUCUCUUGCCUAGGAGAGAGCAAAACCAUCUUGAUCCAUUCCCUCGUCCUAGACAGUUGGAGAUUGCGAUGGCCUUGGCGGACACCGUCUUAUCGCAUCUUGGUCCGUCAGUUGGCCAGGCUGAGCCGACAUCUAAAGUCUUCCAUUAUUGGAUUAUUAUGCUCCACACCAUUCAUGAAAUGCUAAUUGACCACCCGUCACCCCGACAAAGCGACAGAUCCAAUGUACAGAUUAUCAUGCCAGUUCUGCUUGCGUUCAAAGAGCAAGGUGGCCUCGACGUGCUAUAUUACAUGCUCAGGAUCUUGGCAUCCUCUGUCAAGGCAGGGCCAGAUAGCAACACCGAUGAAACGUCAAAAGUCAAGGUUGCGGCAUUUGGACUCAAGAAAGUCCUUGAUCUUUACUAUAUCCUGGUGAACGGAAAGUACUUGUCGGAAAGCAGCAAUCACUUCAACCUUCAUCGCCAGGCCGAUCGGUCACAGAAUAUUCCAAACGUAGCCCAGCAGAUUGUGGUUGAGUUUCGUGCGGCAAUUCUGCCUGCCAUCAUGGAGCUUUGGACGUCCAACUUCAUCGAAAAGGUUCCCGAUGCCACGGUGAAGAGACUACUGGAUAUUCUCAAGAUUGUGUGUGCGGCUGAGCACGAACCCCAAUCUAUCCCCAAAGAUGCCAAGGCGCCCUUGAUGCUUUUUAAAUACACUGAUGCCAGAUUUAACUGGGCUUCUGUUCAAGGCGUGGUGAAAGAGGUCAUAGACACAGGUUUUGAGGAGGAUCUUGUUCACGAAGCAGUCUACAGAGCCAAUGGGAACACUGCACCCGCUAUCGAAUAUUGCCGCGCCCAUACAGACGGUCUCGCAGGGCCACGAAAUCCCAUUCCUCCUGAGGAUGCAGACAUCUCGGCUCUACAACAAGAAUCGUCAGCAGGCCAAGAAGAUCAAUCUAAUACGGUUACUGCCCCUGACUCGGACCAAAUGAUCUUGGAUGCUCUCCCCGAUAUAUCUGCUGAUGACAUGGUCGAAUAUGUCGAUCGACAUAUCGGCAAUAUCCAGGCCGAUAAUGAUAUUUCAUCGGAAGCUACGGGUGUAACGUCAUCCAAUCACAGAGAUGACGCGACUGACAAAAUUCCUUCUAUGACCUUUGUUGUAAAUUUCAACGUGGUCAAGGACGAUCUGGACCACAUGCGUUCCAAGAUCCGCGCACAAUUAAUUGACCAGUGUCUGGACGUGAUUCGAACCCAUCCCGAGACAGCCAUUGAAGUAUCAGAUUUGGUAUCUGCCACCAUUUUGCGACGGCAGAAUCAGGAAGCCCAGGAGGAGGUUGCCUCCACGCUCACAUUUGCUCUUUCAUCUCUGUCUCUGGACGAGGAUGAGAAGCGGCGAAAUGGCAAAUGUAUUGCGGCCUACGCUCACCUCUUGGCUCUGCUGCUCCAGGACGAGAAUUUCUUUGAGCACAAUAAGGAAAAUCUCGCUGAUAAGGUAGACGAGUAUGUUGGCUUCUUGAAAGUCCCACUUUCGUCGUCCACCGACGAAUUGCCACCCUGGAUUCCUUAUAUUUUGCUUGUUCUGGAGGCUCUUCUCUGCCAUGAUGAACGGCCGGUCCCGGUGCAAUGGAAGCCGCCAAAGUCUCUAGAAGAUCCCGUUUCUGAGCCUGUCAUUCGAUUAGGUCUGCCACUGGUUGGUGAUCAGAAUUGUAACAAAAUUCUGGAAUCACUACUUGACUUGCUGCCUCGUAUUGGCAAGGAGGAAAUCCUGGCUACUGCAGUACUGAGGGUGCUUUUGAUCCUGACUCGGAAACGACGCCUCGCAAAGGUCGUGGGCGAGAAGAAGAACCUGCAGCGAUUAUUCUUAAUGGCCAAGCAGCUCUCUGGCUCCGGCUCUGAGCGUCUGAAGCAAACAAGGCUUACUGCACAUAUCAUCACCAUCUUAAGGCACGUCAUUGAAGAUGAGGAUAUAAUUAAACAAAUUAUGCGCGCAGAGAUUCAAGCGGACUUUCCCAAUCUACUUAGGAACCAACGGGGUCACCCUGAUGUAUCAUCUUUCCUCCGAGCCAUGGCACCUGUUGCCCUUCGCGCUCCGGAUCUGUUUGUGGAAGUGACAAACGAGCUGCUUCGAUUUCAAAGAUGGAUAGCACCAUCCGGAGAUUCGAACCGAUCGCAGUCUUUGGCUUGGAAAGACCAGCAAUCCGACUCCAAAACUGAAGAGGAGAAGCCAACUGCAGAUGGAUCUUCGAGUGAUACCGUAAAACCCUCAACAGAGCUUGCCGACAAAGAAAUGGCUGACGUCCCAAAGGCACACCAUGACAUGAAGCGACCAGUCGUAGAGAAUCCCGAUGGAGUCAUUCAUUUCCUGCUAUGCGAGUUAGUCAACUAUCGCGAAGUAGAUGACAAGGAGCCAUCUGCGCCUUCUGACCUCAACAGGGAGGCUACUGGAGCGGCAAACUUGCGAGAUACUAGCUCCAAAGAUAUCUCAGCAGCUGACGGAAAGGAUAAAAAACAAUCGAAACCUUUGUUCAAGGCAGAAGAGCAUCCUAUAUUUGUUUACAGAUGUUUUUUGCUGAACUGUUUGGCAGAACUCCUGCAGAGCUACACACGAACCAAGGUCGAAUUUAUCAACUUCAAGCGUAGCGCGCCACCCUUGUCGACCACAACCCCAAUCAAGCCGCGAACAAGCAUCUUGAACUAUCUGAUUUACGAUUUACUGUGCCAAGGGAACCUCAACGGUACUACCGACACCAUUGCUUCUAAGAAGAAGGCGGCGACAUCGUCGCUGACUCAAAAAGUUCUGGUGGCCCUCGUGUCUAAGACUAAUGAAAAGGUUGCAGACCGUAGAGCCGACAAGUUUGUCUACGAUGACGAGCCUGACUUGCUGUUUGUCCGAAAAUUUGUUCUUGACACAAUAUUGAAGGCUUACGAGAAGGCGCCGCUCACUGAGGAGCCUCUUGAAACCCGAUAUUCCCGGAUGCAGUGCCUGGCCGAACUCAUGAAUCACAUGAUUGGUGAGAGGGAUAGGGACCAAAAUCCAAAUGCAAGAGGCGGCGACAGUCUUCAGUCCCGCUCACAGGCGCAGCUCCGCCGCUUGAUGUACGAAAAGGGCUACGUCGACAAGCUCACGUCAUCAAUUGCCGAAAUUAGCCUCAGCUAUCCAGGCGUGAAGCGGGCUAUCAAAUAUAUUCUCCGUGUUCUGCGUGUUCUAACCGGCACCGCAAAGGAACUGAGCCAAUCAAGUAUUUUACCUGCAGAUCCUGCCGGUGACCACAGUGACGAGGAAUUCGCAUCAUCUUCAUCACUAUCCGAUGUGGACGACGAUGAUAGAGAAGAGACUCCAGACUUGUAUCGUAAUUCCGCACUAGGAAUGCUGGAACCUCGAGGAGAAGAUGACGAGUCCGAUGAAGGUGAUGAAGACGACGAUGAGGACAUGUAUGGCGAUGAAUAUGACGACGACGAGAUGGACUACGGUGAGGAUGAUAUUACCGAUGGCGAGGAUGACAUCAGUGAUGAUGACGAAGAACUUGGUGGCAUGGGAGAAAUUGAGGGUCUUCACGGUGAACCAGGCGUGGUUGAAGUCAUCAUGGAUGAAGAUGAAGAUGACGAAGAAGACAGCGACGAUGAAGAGGAUGACGACAUGGACUCUGCUGAUAUGGAAGAUGUGGAUGACCGAGUAGAAAUAGUUGACGAGGAUGGAAACCCCCUCGAGGAGGAUGGAGACUCUGGUUGGGAAAGCGAAAGCGAUGUUGAAGAGGAUGACGACCCAGACCAAGAUGCCCUGGACUACGACGCAGAGGUCCAAGAAGAAGGAGAAGCUCAUAUGCAUGGCAUGGCCCCAGGCGACUUGCUUGAUAAUAUGGCUCGGGCUAUUAUGGGGGAUGAUGGAGGGUAUGAUCCGGAUCUAGGUCUGGAUGACCAUUAUCUCGACGAUGACCAUGAAGAUGGUGGUAUGCUGAGCUCCCCCCCCUCCAUUUCUUUUUCAAGCAAGCCCGGGUGCGAAAAUACAGCUACUAAUAUAUGCACAACCAUAGAAGAUGAGGACGAAGAUGAAGAUAUUGAUGACGAGGAGUACAUCUAUGACGAGGACUAUCCAGAUGACCAACUGCCCCCAAUGCCAUCGUUGGGGUGGGAUGCUGUCAACCCUGACAUGGAUGACCGACAUCGUAAUAUGCUCCUCGUUGAUGGCCACAGACGACCCGUAUUGGCUCGAAUGGACAACCGCAGUUCAUUUCCCGGCCGUUUCCUCGGUGGAUCUCAUCGUGAUCAACUGGGUAAGCUCUUGAUCUACAUACAUGCUUCCAUCACAACCCUUGCUAAUUCUGCAGCAGGAGAGUUCCGCAGCUACUUUACGUCACGAAACCAUAGAUCUACGGGGGAACAAUCUAACGCGGAGGAUGGUCUCAAUCCUCUCCUGCGUCGCAGCGAUCAAGCAAACGAAGGCCUGCCUCGGCCUGGCCAAACUCAUGCUUUAGAUUUAAGAAUUCCGCCUGGUUUGCUCGGCGCCGGUCGCCACUCCAUGGAGGGUCCUAUGGGCUUGUUGGGAGAACUCAUGGAAUUUCUGCCAAUGAUGAGCCAGAGCGGAAAUGGCCAACAGGCUUUUCAUUUCCACAUCACUGGACCUGGUGCACCACGGGAAUUUAGAGAUCUUGGCCCGGCACGGUGGGUAAGGACUGAUAACCGGCGCGACGCAACAGCCCAGGAGCCUCACCAAGCAGUUUCCUUCACCCCAGAAUCAACCUUGGACCGCUACCAGGAGGAGGCCAGAAUGAUUUUUGGGGUCAACCACACCACUGAAGCGUUUAAGCUCAUCAACAUUAUUACCGCGCAGCUUACUCCCGCUGCAAUGGAACUUGAGAAGAAGCUCAAGGCCGAGGAAGCAGAGCAUCAGAGACGUGCAGAUGAGGAACGAAAGAAAAGGGAGGAAGAAGAACGUCUUGCCCAGGAAGCGAAAGCGGCGGAAGAGAAGGCUGCUAGAGAAAAGGAGGAAAAGGAACGUGAAGAACAGGAACGACUUGCGCGGGAACGCUUGGUCACAGCAGAAACCACAGAAAACGAGCAACCGGAUCGUUCCAGCGGAGGAGUGAUGGAAGGUAUCGAGACAUCUGGGCCAUCAAGCGAGCCUCAAUCCGCAGUAGAACCAGGGUCUGCGUCCGCUGCCGCUGAACAACCCCGUGUCAUGACUACUAUCAGGGGUGAAGAAGUUGACGUUACGGAGCUGGGCAUUGAUCCUGAGUAUCUGGCCGCCCUACCUGAAGAAUUCAGAGAAGAGGUGAUUGCUCAGACAGUCAGUGAGCGGCGAUCUCAAGCUCGCGAGGAGGCCGCAGCCGGAGAGUCAACAGACGUAUUCCAAGAAUUUCUUGACGCUCUUCCUGACGAACUCCGACAGGAAAUCGCCCAGCAAGAACGACAGGAAGAACGCAGACGGAAUCGGGAAGAGGCUCGUCGCCAGGCAACUGUUCCAUCUGGACAGCCGCCUCCUGCUGAAAUGGACGCGGCUAGUAUUCUGCUCACCUUUCCGCCUGCUCUUCGUCAACAAGUUCUCAUGGACCAAGGCGAAGACAUAAUGGACCAGCUUACACCGGAGAUGGCUGCCCAGGCGCGGGCUUUGAGUCAACACCACCCCCCGAUGCCUCAGCAUCAAGGCGUACGAUCUAUUGUCACACCAGGACAAGGACCCCCUCAAUCUGGUGCCCGUGACAACAGCGAAGGUAAAGCUCAACGCCGAGCAGUAGUACAGAUACUGGACAAAUCUGGGGUAGCGACUCUUUUGCGCUUGAUGUUCAUCGCUCAGCAAGGUUCCAUCCGAAACUACUUGUUCAGUGUCUUUGCUGAUGUUUGCGAAAAUCGCCAAAACCGACUCGAGGUGGUGAGCACGAUCCUCCAGAUUCUUCAAGAAGGCAGCACAGAUAUGAACGCGGUUGAACGAAGCUUUGGGCAGCUAUCGAUAAAGGCAAGGAAGCACAAGGAGCGUGAAACCGACCAGAAAACACCUCAGAGUCUUAAGAAAACACUGACAAACUUGGGAACCACCGCCACACAUGUUCAACAGACCAACUCGGAAACCUCGCCGCUCUUGAUUGUGCAGCAGUGCUUGGACCUUCUGGUGGACCUGUGCACGAGGAGUCAACACAUACCAUGGUUAUUCUUGACCGAGCACGAGGUCGUGGGGUCUACUCUUAAGAGGGCAUUGAGCCGAAAAGGAAAGAUUAAGGACUCUAAGGCUCACAAGUACGCAAUCAACUCUCUCUUGACUUUGCUGGAUCGUGAGAUUGUCAUUGAGAGCUCUGUUGUGAUGACACAUCUCGCCGAUUUGCUGAACCGUGUUACUUUGCCACUUCUUAGCCUCGACCGCAAACGCAAAGAUACCACAGAGGAGGUCAGAAAGGAUGCUCCUGUCGCUACUGAAGGAGAGCAGCGGUCUGCCUCGGCUGAACAGCAUCAACAACCUGAAGCAGGUACCUCUACCGCGCCUCCCGCAGGGCAAGUACCAAUUUCUGAACAAAAUGCCGACGCUGCGGAGGGAGAGCCUCAUCAACAGAAGAAAGAACCUGGAUUGAAGAAGCAGAGACAGUUGCAGCCACCAGUCAUUCCACCACAAAACCUCACUCUUGUUGUGAAAAUAUUCGUUGCUAGAGAAUGCAGUUCCAAGACAUUUCAGAACACCAUCUCCACCAUCAAAAACUUGUCGGCUAUCCCGGGCGCAAAGGCCGUUUUCGGACAGGAGCUUGUGAAGCAAGCCCGUCUCCUGAGUGAAAAUAUCGUCUCAGACCUAGACGACCUUCUUCCCCAUAUCGAACGGGCCACUUCUGGUACUGAAAUCCAAGGCGUUGCACUUGCCAAGUUUUCUCCAGGAGCAUCUGAGCAAAACAAGCUACUCCGCGUUCUAACUGCAUUGGAUCAUCUGUUCGAUGGCCGCAAGAAGGGUGGUGAUGGCGAGACGGAGGAGUCUAAAGAGCACGACAAGCAGCACCUAGUCACUUCUCUCUACCACAACUCUACAUUCUCUGCUAUGUGGGAGAAACUCAGUGCCUGCCUAAAGGCGAUUCGAGAGCGAGAGAAUAUGCUGAAUGUCGCUACAAUUUUACUCCCACUGAUCGAAUCCCUGAUGGUUGUAUGCAAGAACACGACGGCAAGCGAUGACUUGUCCCAGAGCCAGGCGAGCAGAGGCAUGGUUCUUUCUAGCCCACCACCAGAAGCCCGGACUGCCAGUUUGUUCUUUGCCUUUACGGAAGAUCAUCGACGCAUUCUGAACGAACUGGUGCGCAAUAACCCAAAACUCAUGUCUGGAACCUUUGCGCUGUUGGUUAAGAACCCCAAAGUUUUGGAGUUUGACAAUAAACGGAACUACUUCAAUCGCAGUGUUCACUCGCGAAGUAACCAAAAUAGUCGCCCAUCCUAUCCUCCCCUGCAACUGUCAGUCCGUCGCGAUCACGUAUUCCACGAUUCCUUCCGAUCACUCUAUUUCAAGUCGGGUGACGAAAUGAAAUUCGGCAAGCUUAACAUUCGCUUCCAUGGAGAGGAAGGCGUUGACGCGGGUGGUGUCACACGUGAGUGGUUCCAAGUGCUCGCUCGACAGAUGUUCGACCCCAACUACGCGCUUUUCACCCCUGUGUCGUCAGAUCGUACUACUUUCCACCCCAACAAGCUCAGUGGAAUCAACCCGGAGCAUCUGAUGUUCUUCAAGUUCAUUGGACGCAUCAUUGGCAAGGCCCUUUACGAAGGUCGUCUGCUUGAUUGUUUCUUCAGCCGAGCAGUUUACAAGCGAAUCUUGGGUAAAUCCGUAUCAGUGAAGGAUAUGGAGUCCUUUGAUCCUGACUAUUACAAGUCACUCUGCUGGAUGCUGGACAAUGACAUUACGGACAUCAUCACAGAGACAUUCUCAGUUGAGGACGACGAAUUUGGCGUUACGAAUGUUUUCGAUCUUGUUCCCAAUGGCCGAGACGUUGCUGUCACUGAGGACAACAAGCACGAAUAUGUACGACUGGUGGUUGAACACAAGCUCCUCUCAUCCGUCAAGGAACAGAUGGAGAAAUUUUUGCAAGGCUUCCAUGAUAUCAUUCCUGCCGAGUUGAUCUCCAUUUUUAAUGAGCAAGAACUGGAGCUGCUCAUUUCUGGUCUUCCCGAUAUUGACAUUGAUGACUGGAAGAGUAAUACGGAAUAUCAGAAUUAUACACCAUCAUCUCAACAGAUUCAAUGGUUUUGGCGAGCUGUUAGGUCCUUUGAUAAAGAGGAACGCGCCAAGUUGCUUCAGUUUGUGACCGGUACCAGCAAAGUCCCCCUCAACGGAUUCAAGGAACUCGAAGGCAUGAAUGGCAUCAGUCGUUUCAACAUUCAUCGAGAUUAUGGUGACAAGGAUCGAUUACCCUCAUCUCACACUUGCUUCAAUCAACUUGAUCUCCCAGAGUACGAAAGCUAUGACAUGUUGCGAGCUCAACUUCACAAAGCCAUUACCCAAGGCAGCGAGUAUUUCGGAUUUGCAUAG